AUGUCUUUCCGUUCAGAAUCUCAGACACAACCUCGAAGUCGAGCAGGGUCAAAUCCCUGGGUGCAGUACUCGGACUUCUUCACCAACAACUCUUUUCUUAUUCCAGACACCAUUGCGUUUGCUAAAAUACUUCCCUAUUUUAAGGUACUCCCUGGGCUCACGAAUCGGUUUAGCAUACGCUUGGUAGAACUGGUCGGGUACGAGGCGUAUUUUGUGGAGCAGUGGAUCUCUUCCCGUUCUUCUGAUAAUCUCAUUGUGACCUACACUGGAGAUCAGAAAGACCGCCUAAUAGCAUACUAUGUGCAGUCUUUGUCGGAACACAUGCAACUGCAGCCACCACCACAAGUACACGAGCCGUCAAAAUCGCUGACGCAGGCGUCAAAACAGCAUUUACCGUACGACAAUUGGCCCCCAAAAUUCAUCUCAUAUCUUGUGGAGCAGCUCGAAUCACCGUACUGUGUUGCAACGGAAACAAGUCUAGGGUAUGCUUUCAUCACCAACCUCACUCAAUUAAAUCCUUUCCUUUCUUUGAUUGCUGCCAAGACGGGGAAUAUCGCCGAUGAUUAUAACUGCUAUGUGGUGAACUACAAUCUGAGGAAGCUAGGCUGCGGCUCACGUUCGGCAACAACAACUGAUGAGCCUUCGAAAUCUAUGGAGGAUAAAUUUAGGGCUUUUUUCAAAGUAGACCCGAAGGUGCCGAUAAAUUAUUCCGCUGUCGGCAUGAUACUUGUCACGCAAACGUUUCUUUACUACUAUGGGCUGUUGGAUCCUCUCUACUGCGAUGGGUUAUUUUGUGAGCGGACGGAGGCAGCAAUCAUGGAUUGGUGGAAGCUUAUAUCUGAGAUACCCAUGGCCCUGCAUGUUAUACGGAUGAAACCGCCUUCGUCGCAUCCGGCAGAUUCUAUACAGGCUAUCAUUGGUUUCACCGUCUUAUGUAGGUAUUUACUCGAAUUGGGUGGAAACAACUUCAAUGUUCCAAAAGAUCCGAUGGACGUCAAGAAAUUCAAAGCUGCCAUCUCCAAGUUUCAGAAACAUUCUAAAAUAGAUUCCACAUCAAAGUUCAAUCUUGAAACUUUAUUAAAGUUGAUGGAUUGGGGACAGAAUAAUAAAGUUUCUCAAAAUUUGACCAAGGAUUUGAGCAAAAUGAAGAAUUUAGUGAAAAACACCGUUAUAGAUAUCACUUCAGGUAAAAAUUUACAGAUAAUAGCACAUAACGCUACUGCAUCACCCUUUUACUUGCAUUCACAUUCCAGUUAUGAUCAUAGUAAACUGAUCAACUGUCAAAACAUAGACCACAUAAAGCACAUGUCGCUUGGUAAACAAUUGUCAUACUUAUUUUUUGCAUCAGGUAAACCGGUGGACUUCAACAAAGAUUCUCUUUCAGUUCAAGCUAAUAAAAAAGUUGCAGACUCUACCAAUAAUCUUUUAAUUGAUGGUGUCAAACGUUUGAAAUCGCAGUUGAGCAUUCAAUCGCUACAAAAUCCUAAAUCACAUAAUAACUUUCUGGACAUCAAAGGUUUGUCAGCAACAACACUCAAUCUGUUUGAUAAGGACCAUGACCAAGAGGCGGAUGUCGACUUGUCCAAUGAUCGGCACAGCAAUAUUGAAAUCGACGAAGUCCUGAGUAAUUCUAAUGAAGAGUACAACGAUACUGCAGUUCGACCUCAAAAGAAAAAAAAGCGAUCAGCAUCUUCAGUCCUGUUUAGCUCUGAAGAUGACUCUCCAGAUGACAAAAUUGAGAAUGUGCGAUCAACAUCUCUUGCAGAUUUUGAUUUCGAUGAUUAUAAUGACGAUGUUGCUGUAUAUAAUCCAACUCGGAGUAGGAUCAAUAGCAAUACAAACAAGGCAAAUUCUAUAGGCACUGCCGCAAGCGCUGGUUCUGGUUCCGACAAUGGGUAUGAUAACUAUGCAGAUUAUGAUGGUGAUUAUACAAAUUAUUACAACAACGAUGAUGAUGACCCAUAUUACAACCACAACAGUAGCAAGGUUAAUGGACAUGGUAACCGAGGCAGUUCUUUCUCAUCUCAUGUCAGAUUCCCUCGGAAAAAUGUUGUUGAUAUGAACAAUAUAGAUGAAGCCUUAAUAGAUGAUGGAUUUUCGGAUUCAGAGCUUUACAACAACAAAUCAACUUUAAACUCUGCUAAAAAUUCUGAUAGUGUUCGUGAAUCAAGGGCUUUGCUAAAUGGAGAGCUAAAAACCUUAUACACUCCCCCUAGAAUAAUAUCAUCUGGUGAGUUAAGCAGACCAAAUAGUAUGCUCAACAGUGUAAACAAAACUCUCAGUAAUAGGCAACAUCUAUCAAGAGGAUCUAGCGGGAACAGCUAUGACAGUGAUGGAAUCUAUGAGUACGAAAAUGGAUUUGAGUAUGACUAUGAACUGGACCCUAACCACCAUCAAAAUAAUCACACUGGCAUUCACCCUCAUAGCAGAAAACAUUCCUAUUUGCCUUCCAGUAAAGAACACUCAAGAAGGCCGUCUAGCCUGGGCUUAAAUAACGCUCCUAAUGGCAGUGAGAAGCGUGAAAAUAUUGGACAGGAUAACACAGCAUUUUCAACUCAAACAAACCUUAGCUCAUCAAACGGUAGAAAUGAAAGCUGUGACUACUCAACUUCAAAUGUCGACUUUGAAUACUGUAAUUUUAUGAAGAGAAUUAAACGAAGACAUAGCAUUCCAAUUGUUGAAUCGGAGAUCAACAAAUAUUCCAUUGAAAUGAGAAUGAAAAUGAAAAGAGAUAAAGCUGAAAAUUUGAUUAACAAUAAUUUAGAACGUAAAGUUAGCUGGUCUGUAGGUAGAAGAAAUAUGUGGGAUCGUACAAGUAUGAACAGUAUGGAUACUGAUGAUGAUUUAAGUUUGAAAAGCAACAACCAGCAAAGUUUACUGCACGAUCUGACGCCUGAUUUGAACUCUGUCAAUAAUCAUGAGUUAAACUCAUUGUCAAAGCUCCAUGGAAAGGAGACUGAAAUGUCUGAUCAAAAUGGCUCAAAUUUCCUGUAUCGUAUGAAAAGAAAACAGAGCAUUUUUGGUGCACAGAGCGUGUAUACAAAUGGCAGUAACAAAUCAAGCUAUGCUCCCAUGGAUACAUUUAUAAUAUAUCAUAACCCCUCAUCUUCUGCACGCUUGAGGAGAAGCCAAUCUUUUUCGGGAAUAGAAAGCUCCUUAAUGUGUUCCGGAAAAGGCACUUCAGUUUCGGGAUUCGAAUUUUCAGAUGUUAGCUUUUUGACUUCGGAAGUACUUGCAAUGAAGUACCUCAAAUUAGAAGCAAGUUAUCAAAUUGAAAUAGUGCAAGGUUCUUUCAAUCUAACAAAAGACUUGCAAUCUUACUCGCGUUAUUUGCUUGAGUCUAUUAACUCAAACCCAAACACAUGUGUCUCGUUAAUGUACAACACAACCAGAGGUGAUGUGAAGAAGGUAAUAGGGAAAUACUUUGAGCUAGAGGACAAACUAAAGAAUACAGUGAAAAGUAAUGCUAGGCUAAAGUAUGAGCUACGAUUAUUGCUCCAGAAAACAAAAGAAGUAGAAAAUAAUUUGAAGACUUUACAAGACUUCAAGAUCAAAACAUUGAAUUCCAAGAUUGAGUCGAUGAUUUUAGAAUUAGCUAAAUAUGGACCUAUGGAUCAUGAAUUGAAAGAACUUUCUAUGGAAAAAACUCUUUCAAAAGCAGAAAAUUUAUCAAGUGAUGCAGAAAAACCAAUUUUAGAUAGAAUUUAUGCUGAUGAUGGGAACCUUAACUGGAGCAAAAUAAGUAUUAGAAAUAUUUGGAACAAUCCGUAUAUUCUAAUUUACUUGUUGUUCCACUUUUUACUCUGCACUGUUUUGAAAAGAGUAGAUGCUAAAAUGAUUGAGCAAAGGUGGAAGGAAAUCGAUAAGAAUCAAACGGUCACCAUGAUUAUUAGAAAGCUGUAUAGCAAAAGUGAACGUGAAUUGCACAAAGAGGAGGAGGAAGAGAAGAAGAAAAAUGCCAUAUGGAAAACAGAUAGCGAAAAGACCAUUCACAGCAUAAAAAAAAAAGCCAGUAAAUGA